UUACGAAGUCUGGAGUACCAUUCAUCAGUAAAUUUCGGGGGUGAUUAGGUACUUAGAUGAAAAUGAUUUUUAAAAUAGUUUUACUAAGUCUCGUAGCGGCGAGUUACGUCUUGGCAGCUCCUACGGCCGUCGUGCCAUUGGAAAAGCAACAGCCAACCGUAAUACCGAUCAUCUCACAAUCUGAAGAAUUGGAUCCAAACGGAACUUACAAGUUCAGUUAUGAAACUGGUAACGGAAUAAAGAGAGAAGAAGUAUCUUACGACAAAAUUAUACCAAAGGCUGCUGGACGUAAAGCCAGUAGCAGCGAAGAAGGUGGAGAAAGUGACGAAAAUGGUGAUAGUGACGAGAUUCACGUACAACGAGGUUCAUACUCAUAUACUGCUCCAGACGGUACCAUUAUCACUUUAAGUUACAUUGCUGAUGAAAAUGGCUUCCAACCUAUUGGAAGUCAUUUGCCGAGAGCGCCUACACCAGUACCAAUUUCUUCUGCUUCAAACGAAAAGACUGGACGCGCUUUAAAGACACCAGACAACUCUGAAUCGGCAUCAGUGCAAUCACGAAGUGGAAAGGCAUCGGAAGAUAAACUAAAUUCCCCUGAGAGCGUGUCCACUGCUUCUUCACCUCAACAACAAAAACAACCAAAAGAUUCUGAAAAAUCUGGAGACAAUCCAGUUGUAAGUGAUUCGGCUUCUUUAGCGACUCGACAAUUAGAAUUACAGCCGAAGCCAGCUGAAACUACAGUUUCGAGUGAGCCUGAACAAAAAAUUGAAACCACUGAGAACGCAGCAGCUCCUCAAGUCGAAACGAAGUCGGGAUCAAACGAGGCUUCAACACCUUCACAAUCAAACGAUAAAGCAACAGCUACCGAAACUAGAUCACAACCCGUAUCCGAGCCAAUGUCCGAGAAAUCAGACGAAAAUCUAAAAACCGGUGCUUCAACUGGUCAAAGCGAUUCACUAGAAACAGUUGAAACUACACCUGAGGCAGUAGCUCCUAAAUCUGAUAUGACUGAAAAUCAAGCAACAACGGCAGCCCAAUCUAAUGAAAAGUCUAGCGUUACUGAAGCUAUUUCAGAAACAACGCCUGAGGCCAUCUCAACACAAUCAGAGGAGCAGCUCGCUGUUUCAACUACUGUUCUUAACGAACCUGAAAAUAACGAUGCAACUACUGAAACCACAGUUAGUGAAUCUGGAAGUGAAUCCGAGACAAUUGAUGCUACAGAUUCUCCUCAGUCCAGUGAAAAAUCAGAUGUCACUGAAGCUGCACCAGUAACAGCUACCGCCGUAGCAGAAUCAGCACAAACUGACUCACAACCACUAGAAGCUUCAACUACAAGUCAAAGUAACACUGAAGGAAUAGCUGCAAGUACAGAAACAUCAACAGGGUCUAAAGCUGAAUUAACAUCGGGAACGACUGAAGCUUCGGAUCAAACUGUUCCUCAAGCAGAUGUUACUGAGGAUGGCUCAGGAGCUGAACCUAAGACCAAUGAAUAUAAUUCACAAACGGAGGAGACGUUAUUAGAAUCCUCGACACAGGCAUCUUCUAAUGAACAAACAACUGUAUCAUCUGAAUCUGUAGAGACGACGUCAGGUUCUUCAGAUGAAAAAACUACAGAACCUUCUAGUGGAAAAACUACGAUAGCAGUUGCAGUAGCUAGUGAUACCACGGUAAAGGCUGAGAGUUCAGUAGCACCUACUAAAGUUACAGCAGUAGAUGAAGCGACAACUGCGAACGCCGACGUAACAACAAUAGCGGCGGCAGAUACUGCACAAGUGGUCUCGGAGCCUGCUGCUAGUGCGGCGCCGACAUCUCAGGAAGUAAGCGCUUCUGCCUCUUCAGCUUAAUUAUGUUGGAUAGCAGCUUAUUUCUGGCAAAAUUGUAAAUUAACUUUCUUUCCAGCAUUUGACAAUCAAUAACGGAUAUAAUCAAAAGGACGGGGUACUAACAAAUUAUGGAAUAUUUCAUAUCGACGA